CAUGUGUAUAUAUACCUGUCUUUCAUGUGUUCUCCUUUGACCAAUUGACAUCUUGUAUUUACUGUUGUUUAGGCUGGUUGAAUGAGUUGCCUAUGAAAGCUACUUCAUCUGUAAGAAAACAGGCGGCUGCACCAGUGACUGGGUCAGUUCUCUAAAAUGAGUCUCUCUGGGGAGAGAGAUGAGGGGGACCCUGCCUCAAAAAUGAGACUCUCUGGGGAGAGAGAGGGAGGACCUGACACCAAAGCUAAGAGCCCAAUCAAGCAGGAGAGACCAGCCUCCCCUGUUCCCAGCUGUGUGUCCGUGAAGAGUAACCAGUCUAUGUGUCAACCUAUACAGUUUAGAAAGGGAGACUUUUCUACUGAACAAAGGGGUCAGUUCUCUAAAAUGAGUCUCUCUGGGGAGAGAGAUGAAGGGGACCCUGCCUCAAAAAUGAGACUCUCUGGGGAGAGAGAGGAGGGGGACCCUGCCUCAAAAAUGAGACUCUCUGGGGAGAGAGAGGGAGGACCUGACACCAAAGCUAAGAGACCAAUCAAGCAGGAGAGACCAGCCUCCCCUGUUCCCAGCUGUGUGUCCAUGAAGAGUGACCAGUCUAUGGAACCUCCUAUGAAGUUUAGAGAGGGAGACUUUUCUACUGAACAAAGAAACCAACAGGAGAGAUCAGAGUCAGAGAUUCUCAGUGGUCAGUCUUCCCAGAGUCAUCAAACAGACCUGGCCUCCAUAUUCAGUGUAUGUGGUCCUGUUAUGUACAUUUGUUUUUGUUUACCUCAAGUAAAGUUGAUCUGUCAAUCAUUCAUUAAUGUGUUAAUGAGAAAGCAUUUAUUCUCUUGCUUAACUUAUUUACUUUAUUUAUUUCAGUUGCUUGAAGAGAAAAUUAUGACAUUUGUGAAGAACGAGCUGAAGAUGUUCAAGGGGAUUCUUAGUCCAGAACUCCCAGAAGGCUUUGAGAGUCAGAAGCAGGAUAAGGAAGUGGUGGAUGCUGAAGAUGAGCAGCAGGAGAGCAGUGCCAGAGAGGGGGCUCUGAAGAUCACACUGCACAUCCUGAGGAAAAUGAACCAGAAGGAGCUUGCUGACACACUGGAGAAAUAUUCAGAUGAGCUCGCUGUGAUUUGCCAACGUGAACUCAAAUCUAAUCUAAAGAAGAAGUUUCAAUGUGUAUUUGAGGGGAUCGCUAAACAAGGAAACCCAACAUUUCUCAAUAAGAUCUACACAGAGCUCUACAUCACAGAGGGUGGAACAGGAGAGGUCAAUAAUGAACAUGAGCUGAGACAGAUUGAGACAACAACCAGGAAACAAGCAAGACCAGAGACUGCAAUCAAAUGUAACGACAUCUUCAAACCCUUAACUGGACAAGACAAACCUAUCAGAACUGUGCUGACAAAGGGAGUCGCUGGCAUUGGAAAAACAGUCUCUGUGCAGAAGUUCAUUCUGGACUGGGCUGAAGGAAAAGCAAAUCAGGAUGUCCAAUUUGUAUUUUCAUUUCCUUUCCGGGAGCUGAAUUUGAUGAAAGAGGACAAACACACUUUCAUUGAACUUCUUAAUCACUUCUCAAUGGAAACCAAACAAUCAGGAAUCUCCAUCUACAACAAGUUCAAAGUUCUGUUCAUCUUUGAUGGUCUGGAUGAGUGCCGACUCCCCCUAGACUUCCAGAAGAACAAGAUCUGUUGGGACGUCACAGAGUCAACCUCAGUGGAUGUUCUGCUGACAAAUCUCAUCAAGGGAAAUCUGCUUCCCUCUGCUCUCCUCUGGAUAACUACCCGACCUGCAGCAGCCAAUAAGAUCCCUUCAAGGUGUAUUGACCAGGUGACAGAGGUACGAGGGUUCAAUGACCCACAGAAGGAGGAGUACUUCAGGAAGAGAUUCAGUGAUGAGGACCUGGCCAGCAGAAUCAUCUCACACAUAAAGACAUCAAGGAGCCUCCACAUCAUGUGCCACAUUCCAGUCUUCUGUUGGAUUUCUGCAACAGUCCUUGAACACAUGCUGAAACAUAAGAGAGAAGAGAUGCCCAAGACUCUGACUGAGAUGUACACACACCUUGUGGAGUUUCAUACCAAACAGAAGAAUGAAAAGUAUCUUGGGAAAGAAGAGACAGGUCCACACUGGAAUAAAGAGAGCAUUCUGUCACUGGGAAAACUGGCUUUUCAACAGCUUGUGAAGGGCAAUCUGAUUUUCUAUGAAGAAGACCUGAAAGAGGCUGGCAUUGAUGUUAAUGAAGCCUCAGUGUACUCAGGAUUGUGCACACAGCUCUUUAAAGAGGAAUGUGUGCUGUACCAGGACAAGGUGUACUGCUUCGUACAUCUAAGCAUUCAGGAGUUUCUGGCUGCUGUAUAUGUGUUUCUCUCAUUCAACAACAACAAUGAGAAUCUAAUGGACAAACUGCAAACAAACGACGAGCCUGAAGUUACUUUCUACAAGAGUGCUGUGGAUAAAGCCUUACAAAGUGAGACAGGAAACCUGGACCUUUUCCUCCGCUUCCUUCUGGGCCUCUCACUGGAGUCCAAUCAGAAGCACUUACGAGGUCUACUGACAAAGACAAGAAGCAGCUCACAGAGCCACGAAGAAACAGUCAAGUACAUCAAGGAGAAGAUCAGGGAGAAUCCCUCUCCAGAGAGGAGCAUCAAUCUGUUCCACUGUCUGAAUGAACUGAAUGACCAUUCUCUAGUGGAGGAGAUCCAAAGCUUCCUGAGAUCAGGAAGUCUCUCAAAACCCAACCUGUCACCUGCACAGUGGUCAGCUCUGGUCUUUGUGUUGCUGACUUCAGAAAAGGAGCUGGAUGUGUUUGACCUGAAGAAAUACUCCAGAUCAGAGGAAGGUCUUCUGAGGCUGCUGCCAGUGGUCAAAGCCUCCAGAGCUGUUCUGCUGUCAGGCUGUGGAGUCACAGAUGAAGGCUGUGCUUCUCUGGUCUCAGCUCUGGAGUCAAACCCCUCACACCUGAGAGAACUGGAUCUGAGUAACAAUGACCUGAAGGAUUCAGGAGUGAAGCUGCUCUCUGCUGGACUGGGGAAUCCCCACUGUAAACUGGAGACUCUGAGGCUGUCAGGCUGUCUAGUCACAGAGGAAGGCUGUGCUUCUCUGGUCUCAGCUCUGAGGUCAAACCCCUCACACCUGAGAGAGCUGGAUCUGAGCUACAAUCACCCAGGAGACUCAGGAGUCAGACUGCUCUCUGCUGGACUGGAGGAUCCACACUGCAGACUGGAGAAACUCAAUGUGGAACAUGGUGGAGAGAACAGAAUGAAACCUGGGAUUAGAAAAUAUGUCUGUGAUCUCACACUGGACCCAAACACAGUAAACAGACUCCUCUCUCUGUCUGAGGAGAACAGAAAGGUGACAUGUGGGAGAGAGGAGCAGCUGUAUCCUGAUCACCCAGAGAGACUUGAGGACUGUAGACAGGUGCUGUGUAGAGAGGGUCUGACUGGGCGCUGUUACUGGGAGGUAGACUGGAGUGGGGGGGCUGUUAUAGGAGUGACAUAUAAAGGAAUCAACAGGAGAGGAGGGGCUAAUGACUGUUGUUUUGGAUGCAAUGACAAGUCCUGGAGUCUGAUCUGCUCUGACAACAGUUACUAUGCCUGGCACAAUAGUAAUCCCACUACCAUAGACGUCCCCUCCUCCAGCUCCCACAGAGUAGGAGUGUAUCUGGACUGGCCAGCCGGCACUCUGUCCUUCUAUAGAGCCUCCUCUGACACACUGACCCACCUGAUCACAUUCACCUCCACAUUCACUGAGCCCCUCUAUCCAGGGUUUUGGGUUUGGGAUGAUGGUGAAUCAGUGUCCCUCUGUCAGUGACACACACACACACACACACACACACACACACACACACA